AUAAGUAGCGUAACACUCGGGACGCCAUUACAUUAUAAUUGAUCCAAACUCGAGCGAGUCGUGUAUUGUGUACAAUUUCACAAGUGUCAGUGAUAAAAACUUUGGUGUUUUGUCGUUACUCGAAAUACAUUGAUAAUGGGAAAAGAUUACUACAAGAUCCUAGGUAUAUCAAAAGGUGCUAGUGAUGAUGACAUCAAGAAAGCUUAUAGGAAAUUAGCUCUGAAAUACCAUCCAGACAAAAACAAAUCUCCUGGGGCUGAGGAACGAUUCAAGGAAGUAGCCGAAGCAUACGAAGUGUUGUCAGAUAAGAAAAAACGGGAUAUUUAUGAUGCUUAUGGUGAAGACGGCCUAAAAGGUGGAAUACCUCAACAUGGAGGAAAUGGAGGCCCGAGCAACUUCAGUUACACUUUCCACGGAGAUCCAAAGGCUACGUUCGCACAAUUCUUUGGUAAUGCCAGUCCUUUCCACGCCUUUUUCGACAUGGGAGGCCCCAACAGAAUGUUUGCGUUUCACGAUGACGAUAUGGAUGUUGAUGAUCCGUUCGCUUCUGUGGGACUGGGUGGUCCACCAAGAGGGGGCCCUGGAGGUGCUUUCAGAAGUCAUUCCUUCAAUGUUCACACGCCUAACAGAUCUAAAGAUAAAAUACAAGAUCCUCCUAUAGAGCAUGAUUUAUAUGUUUCCUUGGAGGAUAUCACUAAGGGUUGUACGAAGAAAAUGAAAAUAAGUAGAAAAGUACUUCAGCCGGAUGGAACAACAAAAAAGGAAGAUAAGGUGUUGACCAUCAAUGUGAAACCAGGAUGGAAGGCAGGCACUAAAAUUACAUUCCAAAGGGAAGGCGAUCAAGGGAGGAAUAAAAUUCCUGCAGACAUUGUGUUUAUUAUCAGAGAUAAGCCUCAUCCACAUUUCAAGAGGGAAGGCAGCGAUAUUCGAUAUACUGCCAGAAUAACACUGAAACAGGCCCUCUGUGGUUGUUCGAUUGAAGUUCCUAGCAUGACUCCUGGAGUCACUAAACCUCUACAUUUCACAGCUGAAAUUGUCAAACCUAACACAGUAAAAAGGAUCCAAGGUUAUGGUCUUCCAUUACCUAAAGAACCAUCAAGGAGAGGAGAUUUGAUUGUUAAUUUCGAUAUCAAAUUUCCAGAUCACCUCACACAAUCUACGAGAGAUAUUCUCUAUGAUACCCUUCCUGAUAAUUAGUCAUCUAUUUAUUCGAAAAUGUGUGUUUUGUGAUAAAAAUUUGUACGUUUUAGUACAAUAAUUUUGUACGGACUUGUAGAUAUUGAAAUUCAUCUGAGCAAAUGUUGAAAAUAUGUUUAAUAUGAAUUAUUUUUUAUUUUGUAAUAAUUUGUGGAUAUUUGUACUGAACCACAAAAGUAUUUUCAUGAGUUGAAUGAAUUCAGAAAUUAUAACUUGUUAUGUACAUAAGGCAAUUAUUAAUUUAUAAAUUUGAUAAAUUAAAAUUUUAUGUAGAUGUAUUUGCGCAAAUAUAUUUGUUAAUUUUG